GUGGGCUGGCCUUGUGCCUGGAGACUCACGGACACACUUGGAUGCUUCCUACAGAAAUCAGUUAAGCAAUCUCCUCCCAAGGCUCAGGACCCCAUUCUGGAUGUGAGCUGCUGGGCAGAGCCUGGCUUCCCAGUGCCACAGCGAUGGCCAACAGGACCAACACAUCUGCCCCGUACUACAGCUAUGAAUAUUACCUGGACUACCUGGACCCCAUUCCCGUGGAUGAAAAGAAGCUGAAAGCCAACAAAUAUUCCAUUGUGAUCGUCUUUUGGGUGAGCCUGGCUGUGUUUGUGAUGUUCCUCUUCCUCAUUCUGCUCUACAUGUCCUGGUCAGGCUCCUCACAGAUGAGGAAUGGCCUCCAGCACCACCCUUCGUGCCCAUGGAGCCCUGGCCUCAGCCUGCCCCUCUGCCUAUGUAGAACCUCCCCGCGGACCGUGGAGGAGCUGGGCAGCGGCGCCAGCACGGCAGACCUGCGGCUCUAGCAGGGGCGCCCUGUGCCUCGCACCCCUGCUGUCCGCGGGGACAGGCCUGGAGCGCAGUACCAGCAACCGCAGUGGGAACACGCUGGGCGAGCUUGGAGCUGCCUCCUCCCUGUCGGAGGCCCCACGCUAAACCCCAGUGACAUCAAACCAGUGUGGAUGCGUUUACCUUUUAAAGCCUGUUCACACCUCACAGACUGCACGACCAGGAUCAAAAUGACUGUACAAGGAGGUGCAGCACCGCAUCUGGGGCCCCUCUCGCUUAGGGACAGCUUUGCUGACUUUACGUAGCUCGCUCUGCCUGCUCGCUGCUUUUGUCUGCUUUGG